UUGCAUUCGAGGCACAGUACAGGACCAGAUUCCAUUGUGCUGGCAGAUGUGGGCCAGAAUGGCAGGAGGGGUGAUGAGCAAACUGUGCGGCAGCAGGGAGGAACCUGGGUCACCACCACACCAUGUGGGUUCCGUGUGGCUACUGUGAAUGCCCAGCCGUUGGAUGCUCAAUCAGUGCUGGCAUGCAAAGCCAUGGACCCAGCCAGCGGGGCAAUCGUGGUUACCAGAGAGGACGGAGUCCUCAUCGUGGUGCAGAGUGACGGGACGAUUAUCGCCGAACAUGCCGACGGCACCAGGAUCACAACCUUCUACAGAGACAUUGAAGGAGCUGGGACGCAAGCCACUGAGCGCAGGAAGGAGAAGCUGGUAAUGGUGGAAUGUGAGGGGUUUGCCACUGUGGUGAUGAGCUGUGACAAGACAGCUUGCAGUGCUCUGUUUGGAGAUGGGACCGUCAUUAAAGCCACUCACAGGGGAGAGUACCAGGUUGUCCCAUCGAGUGGUGGUUUUCUCCACAUCCAUGAGGAUGGUAGCACUGUAUACACCUCGCACCACAGCAAUAAUACAGCACUGACCUCUGGUGGCGAUAAUGAAAAACUGCAGCCUGGUAACUAUGUCAUGAAGCAUACUAGUGAGGUUGUAUGUGAGGUCACAGACCCAGAGGAGAACCACUUUAAGGUGAUGGUAGAUGGAGAAACCUACACCAAUAUUUCAAGGACUGAAGAUCACUGGGAAGGAGAGGAGGAAGGAGAAGAGGAAGAACAGCAGGAGAGAAAUGGGAAAGGAGCAAAGAUGUCCAGGUCCUCCUGUGUAGGGCUCAGAGGAUCCUCAGCUAGGUUCUUUGUUGUCCACCCUGACGGUUCUGGCACUGAGCUGCUGAGUCUGGAGGAUGUUGAGGACUGCCUGGACAAGGCACAAGCUGACCCAAAGGUUGCGGUGCUUAAGGAAGCGAUGCCUGAGUUUCCAGGGGUUCUGGGGAUUACAGUACUGAAGCCCUGCCUGAAGGACAGCGCCUCCCGCUGGAUCAUCCAGAAGCAGAACCCAGACAUCAUGCCUCUCAACCUCAGGUCCAGGAAGUGGGACUUGUUCCCCUCCAGAGAGAGCAAGCUGCCCGACCCCCCAACUGGCACUUGCAUGAGCAGGGACCCGAGCCAGAGUGAGAGGCAACGCUCGCCCCUGCACCCCCCCCUGCAAGCCUGCCCUGAGCUGCUGGAGGUGCGCCAUAUCAUACAAUACCAGCCAGUCAGCAACCAGCUGCGGCAGGAGCUGGAGAGGCGCCUUAAGGAAUACAUAAAACACCUGCUGAGGAGGGCCCACCUGUCUGAGGAGCUGCAGGUGAAGGAACCACGUGAAAAGGAGGAGAGGAUCCACGCUGCUGAACCCCUGCACCUGGUCCUGUCUCUGCCAGACAUGAAGGACCUGAACAACACCAUGGAAGAGAGAAAUGGCUCUGUGGACAUGGCUGCCUUAUAUGCUCAAGCACUCUCCCCAUCGCCACCACCUGAUGGCACUGUUGCAGAUGGCUUUGGUCUCAACAGGGUCCUUGACAGAAAGGAGGAGUCCUUGUGGCCAAGAAAGAUGGAGCAGUACAGACAGGAGCUCAGAGAAGAGGGUCAGAUGCGAGAAGCUCUGAGAACCAGACGUUUGUCGCCGUAUUUUCACUCUGACGUUUGGAUGGCGUUCCAGUUCACACAGGAGGUUUCUGACAUGGAGGCUCUUUCCCAAGCACUGCCACCACUUCCCAGGUCGGGACCAAACCCACAAAUCCAGGAGUUUCUUCAAGAUGCCAGUAACACCUGUGCCCUCACCAAGCAAUCUUUGAAACCAAGCCCUUCGUACGCCACAGGAAGUGAUGCAGCAUUCCAGGGAUGGCGUGUCAGUCCCACCUCGCAGGCUGCUGAGCCCAGCUUGAAUGGCCAUGAUCUCAGCUCUGAGGUGCAGAUGGAGGUCCCUCCACUGGACCCUAGAUAUAGGGACUUCAGGAGACAAGGACCCCAGGAUUCAGAAGGUGUGAGCUUGCAGGGGCCACUGUCUGUGACAAAGAGGAGGGGCAGAUCACUCAGCCUGGCCAUGGAUGUCACAGGAAGCCCACGCAAGGAGAGGGUGUGCCUGCCCCCUGUUCUCCUCACUGCCAGGCCCUGGAGCCUGCCCAAUCACAAGUUUCUAAGAGCCGAGGAGCCCGUGAGGAGGACUCUGCGCACCGCGUCGGUGUCGGCCCUGGCCGGGGUUGCGAAGGCCGCCCUGCGAGGGUUUGAACUGCUCCCCACUAACAUAGACUUCGGCAUGCUGAGGGGUGGGGCUACGUACUCUGUGCCUGUAAUCAUGAGAAACGUAGGACUCGACUCCUGCAGGUUCAGUGUGAAGCAGGUGCCUCCUUCCACUGGCCUCAGAGUAACCUACCAGCCUGGCCCUGUGGCAGCAGGGAUGAAGACAGACCUGCAGGUUCAACUAUUUGCUCAGGAGCCUCAGGACCCAGACAAAGAGGCUCACCUCUCUCACCAGAUAGAGAUUCUCACAGAGACAGAGAUCCUCUACCUUCCUGUGACUGCAACAGUGCUGUCAGAUAAGCUGUACGAAAGCAGGGUACAGCAAGGCAGCCAGUGGGGAAGGAUGGACAUGGCUGAGGUCCAGAAGGGGGUCCCCUAGUUCCAGAGAUGGCUUCCUGCUGAAGAACAGAUCUAUGUCCCAUUUCCUUCCUGAAAAUGCUGAACUGGAAUUCUGACAAGAUACAGUCAACAUGGAAACUGGUCUGAACGGUGCUAUUUAUAGCUAUGCUUUAUGCAUAAUAUGUGACAAUGAAUAAAAUAUCUUUCUGGUA